AUGGAAAAGGCUUAUGAUAGACUUUCUUGGAGGUUCCUUGUUCAAGUUCUCAGAAAGAUGGGAUUUGCAGAAGAGUAUGUAGACAUGGGAGAUCCUUUAUCUCCUGCUCUUUUUAUUCUAGUUGCUGAGGUACUGUCUAUGGCUCUUAAUUCAUUAUUUGAAAUAAACAGUUUUAGAGGAUAUGGUAUGCCAAAGUGGAGUGCAAAGUUGAAUCAUCUGUCUUAUGCAGAUGAUGCUAUCAUAUUUGCAUCUGCUGAUAAAACAUCCUUGGAGAUGAUUAUGUCCAUUUUGCAUGAUUAUGAAAAAGAAUCUGGACAAAAAAUUAAUGCAGACAAGAGCUUUUUUUAUAUGCAUAAGAAGGUGGCUAAUGAGCUGAAUCAGGAGAUAGGUGCUUUGUAUGAUCUGAUACCUAAUCAUUAUCAGAAUGAAGUUUUAGGAGAUGAGCUUGAAGAGUCGAUGAGUGAAAAUCAAUGGAACUAUGCAAAGCUACAAGAGGUGUUACCAGUAGAUAUUGUUGAUCAUGCUAGAAUGGAACUGGGACAUUUUGUGAGAACAAAUGAGAUAGAUAAGCCAUGGUGGAUGUUCACAAGUUCUAGUAAGUUUACAGUUAAAAGUGCAUGGGAGGAGUUGAGAAAUAGAAAGCAGAUAUCAACUGUUUAUGACAAAUUCUGGAUUAAAGGCUUGCCAUACAAAAUCUCAUUUUUCCUAUGGAGAGUUUGGUAUUGGAAGUUACAUAUAGAUGAAGUGUUGAUGAGAAUGAGAAUUAGCAUAGUCUCAAGGUGUUGGUGUUGUCAGAAUCAGCAGGAAACCAUGGAUCAUAUUUUCAUUACAGGUCCUUUUGCAACUAUAAUAUGGCAUUAUUUCUCAACUGCAGUAGGUGUCUUGGGCCCUUUCCUACAAGUUAAGCAUAAAAUCUUGUGCUGGUGGAACUUUCAAACUACUGCAAGAUUGAAGCCUCUAUAUCAAGCAAUUCUUGCAUUGGUUUUAUGGAAAAUUUGGAAGAGCAGGAACACUAGAAGGCAUGGAGGGGCUGUUUCUCAAAACAAGGUCAUACAUGAUGUCAAUAGGAACAUAUAUAUGCUAGCAAGGAAGAGAUAUCCUUGGCUGCAGAACAUGCCUAAAUGGUGGCCUAGGAUAGUUGAAUUACUAGAGAACUACAGGCUGUCAUUAAUAUAUAAACAGGUUAAGUGGACAUUUCCAGAUAGAGGAUGCUUCAAAUGCAACACUAAUGGUGCUUCUAAAGGGAAUCCAGAACCAAGUUCAGCAGUCUUUUGUAUUAGAGAUAGUUCAGGAGAGUUUAUAUAUGCUAUGGAAAGGAUAUUAACUGAGACAACUAAUCUAGUUGCUGAAGUUGUGGCCAUUGAAGAGGGAAUCAAGUAUUGCGUUCUACAUGAGUUAUUGCCUGUUAUAGUGGAAACUGAUUCCCUUAAAAUGCAAAAGGUACUGGAUGGUAUUUGGGAGGUGCCAUGGAGUAUUGCUUUGCCAGUGAGGAGUAUACAAAGAUGGAGGAAUGACAAAGAGGUUUCAGUGGUGCAUGUGUUCAGAGAAGGAAAUAGUGUGGCAGAUUAUUUUAUUAACAUGGUUUUUGAUUUUGCGGGUACAAUUCAAUACAAUCAGUUUCAAGAUAUUCCAACUCAUGGAAGAAGAUCGAUCAACAUGGAUAAAAGCCAACUUCCAAACUUCAGAGUUAGAUCAACAACCAAACAGGCUUCAUACAGCAAUCAGGACAACAGCAGCACAGAACAUCAAUGA